GGCAAACACCGUCUGUGCACAAUCAACUAAAUAUCGCUUCAAGACAACAAAAAGAAGAUAAUAGAAAAAUAAUUUUGCCAGUUAUAAAGUCUGUGAUACUCUGUGGUCGUCAGGGAAUAUCAAUUAGAGGUCAUCGAGAUUAUGGUCCUUUGGAAUUAAAUGAACCAACACAAAAAGAUGGUAAUUUUCGCGCAAUAUUGAGAUUUUAUAUAAACGCAACUGGAAUAUCGGAAGAUAAUAGCCAUAUAUUAGCUCGAGAAAACUGUAAAAAAAAUGACCAAUAUAUCAGCUGGAAAAUACAAAACCAGAUUGAUGAUGCUUGUUAUACAACUGCUGAUAUCUCCGGUAUUGAGCAGUUUUCACUUUGUGCCAGAUAUUUUGAUUCUACUGAUAAAAUAAUUCAUGAGGACUUUUUAAAGUUUGUACCUGUUAAUGAUGUGAGUGGUAGAGCUCUAGCAGACACAAUAAUAAAUGAACUAAAAAGUUUGAACAUAGAUAUCAAACAUUUAAGAGGUCAAGGGUAUGAUGGUGCUGCAACUAUGAGUGGCAAAUUUAAUGGAGUUGCUACAUUAAUUAAAAACAAAUAUCCCACUGCGCUGUAUAUUCAUUGUAGUUCUCAUAACCUUAAUCUUUCAAUAUCAUAUUCUUGUAAUUUACCACAAAUCAGAAAUACUAUGGGUACCAUUGAAAGUGUUUACUUAUUUUUUAAUACACCUAAAAGACAAAAGUUUUUCACUGAACAAUUAGAAAUGUUUAAAAAAGAGGAAAGUAUGAAAGAUGAUGGUUGUCAUUCAAAAAAAGAAAAACUAAAACGUCUCUGUCCAACCCGUUGGGUAGAACGCCAUAGCUCUGUUGAAACAAUUUAUGAUUUUUUACCUGUCAUCUUGAAUAGUUUGGAAGAAAUGAUUACAUGGCCGGAUAAGGAUGUAGCAACAAAAGCCAAUCAAAUAAUUUUAACAUUAGGAACUUCAGAAUUCAACAUUAGUCUAUCUGUAAUUAUUAAACUAUUUCAGUAUACUAAACCUCUAAGUGUUUACUUACAAAAGCAAAACAUUGACUUGGUUGAAGCAAUUAGUCACAUCAACACUAUUUUAAAUGAAUUAAUUAAUAUUCGUGAAAAUGCUAAAACAGUCUUUAAUGAUUUGUUUAAAAAUCAUAUUAAAAGAUCAAAUGAAAUGGAUAUUGAAAUAAAAAUGCCAAGACUUGCUAAAAGACAAAGACAUAGGAGUAAUUUUUCUACAGAAAAUCCAGAAGAUUAUUUUAGAGUAUCAGUUUUUAUUCCAUUCAUUGAUGCUAUAAUACAACAAUUAAAUGAUCGUUUCAAUAAUCAUAAAGAAAUAAUAUCUGGUUUUCAAGUAUUGAUAAAUCAAUGUGCUAAAAGUGAUCUUCAUCAUCUUGUAGAAUAUUAUCAAGAAGAUGACGAAAGUUAUGAAAAGGUUGUGUCUGAAGUUGAUUUAUGGCACAGAUAUUUAAAUACAAAUAAUGUUAAACCUCAGAAUGCAUUAGAUGCAUUACUAACGUGUAAUCAGGACUUCUAUCCAAAUAUUUAUAAUUUAUUGCACAUCCUUGCUGUACUCCCAGUUACAUCUUGUGAGUCAGAAAGGUCAUUUUCUUCACUGAAGCGAAUCAAAACAUAUUUGAGGAAUUCGACUUCUGAAACCAGGUUAAAUGGAUUAGCGGUUCUUAACAUACACCGUGAAGUUCCAGUUACAGAAGAUGAAGUCAUUGACGUUUUAGCUUCAAUAAAACGCCGCUUAGAUUUUUCUUUAUAA